AUGCGUUGUUUGAAUACUGUUAAUGGUGAAGGUUUUAAACAAUUAUAUCAGGCACUAAUUGAUUCGGGUUAUAAAUAUGGUUUAGCUAAAUUAAGUAAACCAUCUGUUGAAGUAUUAUUCCCUGAUUGUACAAAUAUGUCACGUAGUAUUAAACAAAUUGCUAAUGAAUAUCGUUUGAAAAUGAAUGACAUUUGGCGUGAAGAUUUAAAAGAAGUUAAAUUAAUUGAAAUAAGUACUGAUUAUUGGAGAAAUUCUUAUACAAAUGAGAAUUUUUUAACGAUAAACAUUCAUUACACAAAAAGUGAUAAUCCUGUAACAUAUAUGUUAAAAACUCUUUAUUUCUCAGGAACUAAAAGUGGUGAAAAUACAAUUCGAAUUAUUAAAUCGGUAUUGAGAUCAUAUGGUUUAGAUCAAGAUGAUAAACAUGUUAUAUAUUUAACAGAUAAUGCAUCAAACUUCAUUUCAGGAUUAAAAGACGAAGCUAGUGAACAAUUAUCUUCUGAUCAAGAAUCUACUCUGCACUUGGUUUUACCUUGGAUCAAUAAAUUAAAAUCUUGUGAAAUUAAAUAUAAUGAAUUACCAACAAUUAAGAAUUUCAAAAAAAUGCCAUCAGAACAAAUAAAAGAAAAAGUUUGGCUUACUCGACUUCAUGAUAUAGCAACAUUUCUUCAUCCUCUCACAAAAAACUUAUUAGAUGUAAUGAUGGAAUUUGCUCAAGAAAAUCAACCUGAUUCAAAUGACGAAGAAGAAGAUGAUGAAGUUGAUCGUUAUGUUAAAUCAAAACUAAUAAUCAAUCAUGAAGAAUCUGUAUUAAACUGGUGGAAAAAAUGGUCAAUAAUAUAUCCAAAACUUGGUAUUCUUGCCAGAUCAUUAUUUGGUAUACCAGCUAGUUCAUGUACUAGGGAAAGAAUAUUUAGUGCAAGUGGAAGAAUUCUCGAAGAACGACGACAAAGUUUAAGUGAUGACAUUGUUGAUGAUAUGUUGUUCAUUAAAAAUUUCAAAGCAAUUGUAAGUUAA